AUCGUGGUUUGACAUUUAUGUCAUGCUUUUGAAAAGUUGUGAAGUAAUCCACAAUCAAAAGGAAAAAAACUUUUUUUGCGAGAAUAUCAUCAGUAAAUCAAAAUUUAGUAACAAUUUGUAUGUGCAUGAGUUAAACUAUAUGCCGAAUGGAUGUCGAAAGCGGUAAAAAUAUCCGAAAAUGAAAGAAAAUGGGAACAAUUGCAUCAGUGCUACAAUGGACCUGUGCCAAUUGCAAUUUAAUCAACCCGACGGAAAGCACCCUUUGUCUUAAUUGCAAAAAACCUCGACAUCUAGACAUCGGAACCAAAAAGGAACACCACCAGAGUGUCGCAAGCAGUAAACUAAACGAUAUACACAGGAUCUCUCGCGAAGGCAUACUUAAAGUUAAAGAUAGUUUAGCGAUUGCUCAUAAAAAUUUCAAUAAGAAGAAAAUCGAUCAACACGUAUUUCCUGUAGUUCAUCAAAGUGAAUGUAAAAACAUUCGACGAAGUUUCUCUCAACCAAACCUGUACAGAAUCUGGAAAUGCUACGUCUGUAACUAUGAGAACAAUUCAAUAACCUGGCAUUGCAUUAACUGUGAUUCAAUAAGCACCUUAGCCCCUGUGUAUAAAGGAAGUGCAAAGAAACAAUUGAAUCAAAAUGCAAAUCAAAAGUCCUGUACGCCGGUGGGUAAGGAGAGUUGCAAUACAAGCCUAAUUCUUAAGAAAGCUCCUAGCAUGGAAUUUAUCGACAGAAGGAAGUGUCAACUGUGUCUAUAUAACCGUUUCAACCUAAAGAAUACCAUUUGUGUGCACAAAAAAAUAGAUGUGUUCAAUUCAAACCAUCAGGAACUACAGUCUAGUUCCAGUGAUAAAAUCAUUCCUGAAAAAAACUACAGCAGGUGGAAGCAGAAAGUAAGCCCCAAAAUUUCAUCAAACCAUCCCAGGUAUUUUGAAGAUACCCAGCAGAGCGAAACAAAUAAAAAUAAUAGUUGCUCAAACGAAAGUAAAAACCUACAACAAUUUACCAUUACAACUUUAUCAAAGAAAAUACGUGUUGGGACAGCUCUUAACGCAACUGGUGAGAACCAUCGCGAUUGUGGAAUAUUCGUAACCGUUAGGGAUUGGAUUGUCCGAGCAGCUCCAAAUCAGACACGAGAGUCCUCGGAUUCUAAGAAACCAUUCAACGAAUUACUGCUGGACGAUAGGAUCACUACGAUGAUUCCCUCGAAUAAAGAGAACGUCUCCAAGAGCAAGAAAGACACAGAAAAUGCCACAGAACCAAUAUACGCUGUGAUAAACAAACAGAAUAAGCAAAAUAAUCAGCAAAGACCCGCAAAUCGGCAACAUACUAGCAUUUCUAUGAACUUUGAUCAAUGGUAUGAAAACGUAGAGUGCAGUAGAAAGCCUGAACAACAACUUUCCAAUGACUCAACGGGAUCAGAAGACUAUUUGGAAGAUAGUGUGUCACAUAAAACAGAUAACUUAAACAAUAAUUCAUCAACGGGCGAUGAAAUCCCUGUUUAUGCAGAAAUACAGAAAAAAAUGAAAACGAAAAAACUUCAGCAGCUACCUAAACGAAUGUGGACCUGUGUAAAGUGUUCCUACGCUUAUAACUCAGUGUUUGUCGAAGUAUGUGACAUCUGUUACUCGUCUAAAUCUAAUCCAGUCACCAUUACGAAAUGUGAUAAGAACGUUUUUGAUUAUCACAACGAGAACGAUUUUAUGAGCAUUAAAGGCACGGAUCUCGCACAAUCAUCACUAAGAUCUAUUUCAGGAUUCAAUGAAAUACCGGCAAUUGUUAAGGUACCAAUAGCAACCAUCGAGCAAGAUUUGGAUGAUGAUUAUGUUGCCACAUGUAAGUUGAAAACAAAUGAAUGAUCUGAUCACGUUUAAACCUUUACAUUCAUGUAUUCAAAAAAUCUAUAUAAAGGCAAAUAGUAAAUAGAGUAU